UUCCCUGGUGACAGGUUGCCCGGCGGUCGCCUGGUAACCAGUGGCGGCCGUCCCGACUGGGCUGCAGGCAGAGGCCUCCGGCCGCGGCCCGAAGCCCAGGGCGGGCUCUUUCGGUCGGUCCUGUGAUGGCGCGCUCCGCGGCAGUGGUCACGCCGUCGGGUUUGGAGGAUGGGGCGUCCCGGGCCCGCGGGGAUGGGGCGGGGGAGGUGGUCGUGGAGCGGGGGCCCGGCGCGGCCUACCACAUGUUCGUGGUGAUGGAGGACCUGGUGGAGAAACUGAAGCUGCUCCGCUAUGAGGAGGAACUCCUCAGGAAGAACAACCUGAAGCCCCCGUCCAGACACUAUUUUGCACUGCCUACUAACCCUGGUGAACAAUUCUACAUGUUUUGCACUCUUGCUGCUUGGUUGAUUAAUAAAGCAGGCCAUUCCUUUGAACAGCCUCAAGAAUAUGAUGACCCUAAUGCAACAAUAUCGAACAUAUUAUCUGAGCUUCGAUCAUUUGCAAGAACUGCAGAUUUUCCCCCUUCAAAAUUAAAAUCAGGUUAUGGAGAGCAUGUAUGCUAUGUUCUCGACUGCUUAGCUGAAGAAGCAUUAAAAUAUAUUGGCUUCUCAUGGAAAAGGCCAACAUACCCUGUGGAAGAAUUAGAAGAAGAAACUGUUCCAGAAGAUGACGCUGAAUUGACAUUAAGUAAAGUAGAUGAAGAAUUUGUGGAAGAGGAGACAGACAAUGAGGAAAACUUUAUUGAUCUCAAUGUUUUAAAGGCCCAGACCUUCCGCUUGGAUAUGAGUGAGUCUGCCAAACAAGAAGAUAUUUUGGAAUCCACAACAGAUGCUGCGGAAUGGAGUCUAGAAGUGGAACGUGUACUACCACAACUGAAAGUCACGAUUAGAACUGACAAUAAGGAUUGGAGAAUUCAUGUUGAUCAAAUGCACCAGCACAAAAGUGGAAUUGAAUCUGCUCUAAAGGAAACAAAGGGAUUUUUGGACAAACUCCACAGUGAAAUUAGUAGGACCCUGGAAAAGAUUGGCAGCCGAGAAAAGUACAUCAACAAUCAGCUUGAGCACUUGGUUCAAGAAUAUCGUGCCGCUCAGGCCCAGCUGAGUGAGGCAAGGGAGCGAUAUCAGCAGGGAAACGGUGGAGUGACGGAAAGAACCAGAAUCCUCUCUGAGGUUACAGAAGAAUUAGAAAAGGUAAAACAAGAAAUGGAAGAAAAAGGUAGCAGUAUGACGGAUGGUGCUCCUUUGGUGAAGAUUAAACAGAGUUUAACAAAACUGAAGCAAGAAACCAUUCAGAUGGACAUUAGGAUUGGUGUUGUGGAGCAUACGUUACUCCAGUCAAAACUGAAGGAGAAGUCCAACAUGACUAGAGACAUGCAUGCAACAGUUAUUCCAGAAUCUGCAAUAGGCUCUUAUUAAAGCUUAAAUUUUUCAGUUGGCUUUUAUAUAUAUAUUUGUAAUUUUAAAACAAUUAUAUCUCUUACAGUAUGUUCAAUGGCUAUUUUUAUACAUACACAUAUUACAUAGUGGUGAUAAAGCCUUUAAGUUGAAUAUAAUAUUUAAUAAGGUAAUUUAAAAUUCUUUCUAAGAACUUUUCAUUAAGCAUUACAUAUAUAUAAAGCCCCCUCCUGGUGACUCAUUUUUCCUGCUAUUCUUUGUGUAGGCCAAUGCCAUCCUUACUCUUGCUUUAUGUUUCACUAAAACUGUGUUUCAAAGAUAGCUAAGAAGAAGCGUAAGUCUCCUGAUUCACAUUGAGUUUAUUUCAUGAGGUUUUAUUAACAAAAAGUAUGCUGUAGAAUAUUCUGUGAUCUAGAGCAGCUUUUCUCAAUCAGGAUAUUCCCAGGACACAUGAAUGAAAGUCACACAAAUGGGGAGCCACAACAUAAGACUAGAUUCAGGAGCUGGAGCAAUAGCACAGCGGAUAGGGCAUUUGCCUUGCAUGCGGCCGACCUGGGUUCGAUUCCCAGCAUCCCAUAUGGUCCCCAAAGCACCACCAGGAGUAAUGAGCCAGGAGUAACCCCUGUGCAUCACCGGGUGUGACCCGGAAAAAAAAAAGAAGACAUACAAACCCAGUUUAGAACAGGAAGGAAACAAGGUUUGGAAGGGGUGAAGUACUGAACUAGAUCAGAGAUUCCCAAACUUAUUAUUGGGCCAGUAUGUUCUUAUCAGAAAAAAGAUUCACUCAGUUCCUCCUGGAAAUCUACCAUCUUUUUUAGUAGACAAAUACAAUGCCACCCCCCAGUUGCACCUGAGGCGACUACUAGAUCAUUGCAGUGUCCCCAAAGGGGGGCUUUAGAAAGCACCAGCUUGAGUGCACUGCUCUAGAGCCACUAAAUCAAUCAGUUUGCUCUUAUGAUAUGAUUACAGUAUGGUGUAUGGGUGUAUCUGUAUGUGUGUAUAUGUGUAUUUUAUAUAUAUAAUAAAGAGAGCUCCUUUUUUUCCCCGUUGCUUGGGUCACACCCAGUGAUGCACAGCAGUUACUCCUUGCUCAUGCACUCGGGAAUUACUUGGGGGACCAUAUGGGAUGCUGGGACUUGAACCCAAGUCAGCAGCAUGCAAGGCAAAUGCCCUAACCACUGUGCUAUUAUUCCAGCUCAGAGAACUCCUGUUUCUUAAGGAAUCAUUUUGUAGCAGAAGGAUAAAGCAAAUCAUGUGAAGGUCAGCCUCCCUGUACAGCUAAUCACAUGUUACUGAACAACCUUCUAAGCUGACUGAGCUUUCUAAAUUGGUGAAGUAGGAAUAUUAGAGUAACCAGACUUAAAACCAGGCAAAAUACUAAGUGGAACACAAGCCAGAAGAAAAACCACAUAGGUUGUUUUAAAGAAAAAAGUUUGAUGAUAGAUUUUGAUAUGAUAAGACAAAAAAAAACCAAAAUGCAUAGUAAAAUCAUUUUUUCACUUUUUUAUCCUCUUUAACUUUUUAUUUUUCUUUUAUUUCUAUACAGAUACUCUAAGGUAUGCACCAAAAAAUCUAUUUCACUCUAAAGUCUAGAAGAAAGAAAAUUCUAUUCUGUAUAAACUAUUACACAAAAGGAUGACAAACUGGUUUAUUUGAUUUUCAAGAAAAGGGAGGAAAACCCACCAUACGUAUUUUGAAUAAAGUAUGAAAAUUUCCUUU